UUCAUAAUUUCAAUGACCUAUGAUUCUGUAUUGGUGAACAAGUAUUUUGAAGGAAGAUGUUAGAUAGACUUUUAGCUAUAUAAGAGAAAAAUAACACCAAAUCUAGCAUGUUCAUUCAUAACUAAGUGGAAAGCUAGUAUGAGUCUUUAAUAAAGCAUGUCAUAAAAGCAUCUCUCCCUAGUGUUUACUCUUUUUGGUUUAUUCAUGGAUAAUACAUUUGUUAGUAACUUGCUAUUUCUUAGCACUUAUGCUUAUUGGCGUUCAAUUUCUCCUUAGCUUGUCAUCUUAGCAUUUAUUAUUACUAGUUUCCAUCAAAUAGAACUUUUAUUGCUCAGAAAUAUAAUAACAACACAAUGUCUUCCUUUAUGUGUGGUAUAAAUUCACUCAUAAGGGGUUAAUGCGCCUUAAUAUAACUUAUAUAAGCUUAGUGGGGUUGAACAUCAAAUUUUCUUUACUUGAGUUGUUUUUGUAAUGGCCAUUUGCAUCGAUCAUAGCCAUACACAUUAUGCAUUUCCUUAUGUCAACAUCUUGUCUUGCUAUGCAUUCAUUUUUUCUCAGAUUAACAAGCAUAAGGAUGCGGCUCAAGACGAGAAUAGCCAAUUUAUAUAAAUAUAAUGUCAAAAUGUUAGGUCUGUCUCUAUCCUUCCUCUUCCCACGCCUCCCGGUAUCCAACGCGGGCAAGACCAAGACUAGAUGAUUAUUGCAUUCAUUUUUUGAAGGGAAUCCCAUGAUAUGAUUUAUCAAAGCGUCCUAUCAAAAAUUUGUAGUAACAAGACCUAAAUGAAAGCAAAAAAUCUCUAGUAUUUAAAAUUACUAACUGCUAGUAUAUCAAAUAAUAAUGGCUUAUAAAUUGUUAUAGAUUUGUUUUCCCGGUGAUCAGUACCAUAGCUCAAAGGAUCACUAAGCCAUAAAUCAAAAUAAUAGGAUAAUAGUAAUAAUAAUAGUAGGGAAGCAUCGAAAAUGUCUCACUUGGAAGUCAAAAUCAGAGUCCGUAUUUAUUUGUAUAAUUGUAUUGCUAGCUUUGUUAGUUUUUUAAAAGUUAAUGUCAAGGCAGUUACCACUUGGUUACUUAUCAAAAAGGAAAAUAAAAAGAAAAGAAAAGAAGGUACUUACCUCUUGGUCAUGGUUAAAGAUGGAAUUCAAGCUUCUAGCAAAAACAGAACCAUAAUUUUGAAGCCAAGGGUAUAAAGGUAAUAUGAUAGUAUUAUGUGCGCUCACCAAAAUUCAUUCAUGCAGUAGGGUUUUUAUACUUAAUGUUUUGAUUUGAAAAAUCCUAAUUGAAUUGUAUAAAUGUGUUUUUGGGAACUUCGAUCUGAUCAAUUGAAGGUUGCUGGUUGCAUGUCGAUCGAUCAAUCAACCGAUUUUCUGGAUUAGGGGUUUCUUUUGGGAUUAAAACACUAAAAUCCUACUCUCUAUAAUUUUGUUGUCUAUAAAUACCUCAUUAUCUCAAAAAACCUGGACAUGCAUAAAGAUACAGAAGCUAGAGAGCUAGGAAGCACGGACACUCCGAAAUAGGCAAAGAAUCCGUGUCGGACACGUGUCGGACACGUGUCGGACACGGCCUGACACGUGUCGGACACGGCAAAAAGCGUGUCUGGAAUUUUUUAUUUUUUUAAAAUUUUCGGACACGAAUUGGACACGGCACGGACACGGCACUGACACGCGUCCGACACGCCAGGGUGUGUGUCCGACACGCGUGUCUUAUUUUUGGGGGUUUAAAAGAUAAUUUUUAAAAGAAAGUUGGGUUAAAGUACAAAUAUAUAAAGUUAUUUACUUACUUAUGUGGUCAGAACAUAAUAAUUUUAAACUUUCAAGGUUAAUAUGUAAUUUUAAACAAAAGAGAUAGAUAUUUAAGGCAGUCAUUACACUAUUACAAGGUCAGAUUCAAAGGACGGGGGUUGUGCUCUCUCAAACUGACGACGAAGCUUUGCAACUUCCUGCUGCAGAUCAAAGCGACUCCUUCCAGCCUCCAGGUCAGUCUCUCUCUCUCUUUCUCUCUCUCUCUCCUCUCUUUUCUUCCUCCUCCUUCCUCUUUUUUUUCUUUUUCUUCACAAACCCUAGUUUCUUUCUUUCUUCUUCAUUUUUUUUUUUCUUUUUCCUUUUUCACAAACCCAGAUUCUUUCUUUCUUCUUCAUCUAUUUUUUUUUUGUUUUUUUUUUCGUUUUCCUUUUUCAAAACCCCAGUUUCUUUCUUUUUCUUUUCUCUCUCCUUUGUUUUUUUUUUCCCCUGUUUUUCACUAACCCCAGUUUCUUUCUUCUUCAUCUAUUUUUUAUUUUUUGUUUUUUGUUUUCCUUUUUCAAAACCCCAAAUUCUUUCUUUUUCUUUUCUCUCUCUCCUCCCCCCCCUCCACUAACCCCAGUUCACAAACCCGUCUUCUUCUUUUCUGGUAUUUUUCCUUUUUUACAGACCUUAAUUUCUUUCCUAAUUUCUUUCUUCUGCUUCUUCUUCUUCUUCUUCUUCUUCUUCUUCUUCUUCUUCUUCUCUGUUGUCUUUAUUCUUGCUUUAAAUUUUAGCUUGUGUGAGUCGUGACAUAUGACUUAUGAAUCUGUAGCAAAUAGGAAUUUAUUUUUUCUUUGCUGACUGUUCUUUCUUUGCUGACUGCUGUAAGUAUGGAUUUUUUUUCUUUUCUUUUUAUGUCUAGGGAAUUAGACAUGUCAUUGUCUACAUCAGUUGCUAGUUGUACUCCUCAAUUCGAACAAGAUGAUAACAAACCACUUUGGAACUAUGUCACACAAUUAGAAAAAAUUGGUGGUGGAGGAAAUUUUUUAUUCAAAUGCCACUUUUGUAAUAACGAAUUCAGGGGGUCUUAUACAAGAGUUAAAGCCCACUUGUUGCAGAACACUGGUAUGGGUAUUCGUAUAUGUCCAAAAGUCACAUAUCAGAAUAUUGCAGAAAUGCAAAAAGCAAUUGAAGAAGCCGAAUUGAGAAUUAAAAAUUCUAAACCAAAAAAAGUUCCUUUGCCGCCGUCUAGUGCAUCAUUGGGUGGUACUACUAGUCUCACUCAGGAGGCUUAUGUACCAAAGAAAAGAAAGGCAAGUGGGGGUGCCAUUGGGAAGGCAUUUAAUAAUGAGGCUCGGGAACAAUUGCACUCAGAGAUUGCUAGGAUGUUUUAUUCCGCAGGAUUGCCGUUUCAUCUAGCAAGAAACCCGUAUUAUGUGAGUUCAUACAACUAUGCUGCAAAUAAUCCUCUGUCAGGUUAUUUGCCUCUGGGUUAUAAUCUAUUGAGAACCACUCUACUUCAAAAAGAAAAGGCAAAUAUUGAUAGAUUAUUGCAACCAAUUAGGAGUACAUGGAAGGCAAAGGGUGUUAGCAUUGCAAGUGAUGGUUGGAGUGAUCCACAAAGGCGGCCUUUAAUUAAUUUUAUGGCUAUGACAGAAGGAGGUCCCAUGUUUUUGAAAGCUGUUGAUUGUUCCGGUGGAAUUAAAGACAAGUUUUUCAUUUCCAAUUUGUUGAAGGAAGUCAUAAAUGAGGUUGGCCCCCAAAAUGUGAUCCAAGUAAUUACAGACAAUGCCCCAAAUUGCAAGGCUGCUGGACAACUAAUUGAAGGGCAAUUCCCUCACAUUGUUUGGACACCUUGUGUGGUCCAUACUCUUAAUCUUGCCCUCAAAAAUAUUUGUGCUGCAAAAAAUGUGGAAAAGAAUGAAAUUGCAUAUGCAGAGUGUGGUUGGAUUCUUGAUUAUGCUGAUGAGGUUACAAUAAUAAAGAAUUUCAUCAUGAACCAUUCAAUGAGAUUAGCUAUUUUCAAUGAGUUUGUCAGCUUGAAGUUGCUUUCAGUUGUAGAGACACGCUUUGCUUCUGUUAUUGUGAUGAUGAAAAGAUUUGAACUUAUAAAAGGUGGUCUCCAAGCAAUGGUCAUAAGUGACAAGUGGACUUGCUAUAAGGAGGAUGAUGUAGGAAAGGCCGAUUAUGUGAGAGAGAAGCUGUUGGAUGAAUGGUGGGGAAAGAUUGAUUAUAUCCUUUCCUUUACUUCACCUAUUUAUGACAUGCUAAGGGCUUGUGAUACCGAUAAGCCUUGUCUUCACUUAGUUUAUGAUAUGUGGGAUACAAUGAUUGAAAAAGUGAAGAUGGCAAUAUAUAGGUAUGAAAGAAAGCGACAAAGUGAAAGUUCUUCCUUUUAUGAAGUGGUGCAUGGGAUACUUGUAGCUCGUUGGAACAAGAACAAUACUCCGCUUCAUUGCUUGGCACAUUCACUAAAUCCAAGGUACUAUAGUGAUGUGUGGCUUAGUGAAGACCAAAGUCGAGUUCCACCACACAAGGAUUUAGAGGUCUCAAGAGAGAGAACAAGGUGCCUUAAAAAAUACUUUAGUGACCCAUAAGAGCGUUCAAAAGUCCAAUUGGAGUAUGCUAAUUUUUCAUCAAACUCGGGGGAAUUUGGGGAGAGUGAUUCUAUAUGUGAUAGAUAUACCAUGGAUCCUAAAAGUUGGUGGGUUGUACAUGGUUCAUAUGGUCCCUUGCUUCAAGAGUUAGCUUUGAAGUUGCUUGUCCAGCCUUCUUCCUCCUCAUGUUGUGAGAGGAACUGGAGUACUUAUUCUUUUAUUCACUCAUUGAGAAGGAACAAGAUGGCGCCACAACGGGCUGAAGAUUUGGUUUUCAUUCAUAGUAAUCUCCGUCUUCUGUCAAGGAGAACCCCACAGUACAAUGAAGGACGAACUAAGAUGUGGGAUAUUGCAGGAGAUGCAUUUGAUUCAUUUGGUGAUGUUGGGGUGCUUGAGGUUGCAAACCUCUCACUUGAUGAGCCAGAAUUAGAGGCGGUAUUAUUUACCGAUGAUGGAAGUGUUAAUGAUGAUGAGAUUCAUGAGACAAUUGAUGAUGAACAACAAUAGAUGAAUGCUGAUAUGUUCUUUUUUUUUUUUGUUUUGGACUACCCUUUUGGUAUUGUAAAUGGUAAAGUCCUAGGUCAAAUGAUGGAUGGGAAUAGAUGAUAGUACAUUGACUUGUUUUUGUAUCUUUUUUGGGACUAGCCUUUAGGUUUUUGUGAAUGUUAAGUGCUAACAGUACAGUCCUGAAUGUUAAACAAUCAUGAAUGUUAAUAGUCCUUUCAGUCUAUGCUUUUGUAUUUGGAGUAAAGUUGCAAUGAUGAUUAAAUGAUACUAGUUAUUAUUCUAAUAUCUUGUUUUUUAUUUGGUUUUAUAACUCUGCAACAUUGUUCUUUUAUAGUUUAUUAGUUAUAAGUUAUGAUUUGUAUAUAUUUUCCAUUGUGAGGUUGAUGAAAAAUAGUAACACUCGGUAAUUUUUAAAGUACUACAUCAUAUAUAUAUAUAUAUAUAUAUAUAUAUAUAUAUACAUAUAUAUACACUAUUCGCCGUGUCCGUGUCCUAAUUUUUUUGGAUUUGCCGUGUCGCCGUGUCCGUGUCGUGUCGUAUCCGUGUCCCGUAUCCGUGUCCGUGCUU